AUGCAGUGGGAGAUCAAACUCAGUUUUAAUCCCUACAGUUAUUGCGAUCUUCUAAAGAAGGUUCUGGAAAAAGAGAAUAGAACGGCAUUAGAAAUACAGGGAUAUGUUACUUGACCCUACAUUUACAAAACAGGGUCAUUAUCGAUAUCUAUCUGGCAGGGUCAUUGUGGGGGUCCCCAAAAUAUUGUUAGAAAUGGAAGAGGGCUGAGAGGUGUCUAUGCUGGAGAAGGAAUGUGUCCCUGGGUCACUUGGAGAUCACUGGACUUUGGGCACUUAACAGUUAGGGACUUUGGGCAAAUCGUGUAUCCUUUUAGAGCCUCAGUUUUAUCAUCUGUGAAAUAAAAAUGCUAAUACCAACCUCUUAGGCCUUUACUGGGUACUAAACGCAAAGUGUCUGAAAGUGUUUCAGAAACAAUGAAGAGCUGCAUUCUUUCAUUCAGAAAUACUUUGGAACACUGACGGUGUGUAAGGCAAGCUUCUAGGAGCCGGGGGUGGAGAUAGAAGUUAUCAGAGUUCUGUUGAGCAGGGGGAAAUUGUAGCCAUCCCCCAGGCUAGGGAGGAAUUUCAGCAAAGCUGGAGGACUGGGGGCGGAAGAAUUUCCAAAGGGAGAUGUGAAAGAACGACUGGGUCUCAACUGCCUAAGAUAUGGCGGUUGGGGAGGUGGGCACUGGGGAGUUGGGAGGUUGCCCUUCCUUGGUUGACAAGUUGUCCAAGGCUGAAAGAAGCACAGGAAUAUGGUACUGAAGGUAAAGAAUGACAGUGAAUUUGGAUAAAGGAAGGUGUGGAGGCUGGAAGGAUGAGUGCAAGACCUGGCAUGAGGCAGAAGAAGAAAGAGGAGAAGAACAGCUUUUCGAGAAGCCUCAACUGACUUUUCAUUGGCCACUUAUAAUUACAAAGGAGACCAGGAAAUAUGUUCUUUUAUCUGGGCACAUCGUCGGUCUGAGUAAAAUCUUGUUUCUGUUAGUAAGGAAGAAGGGAAGAACAAGUAGUGAGCAAACAACUGCAGACUUUACCUUGCAAGAUUCAGCCUUCUCUAUGGAGAAAGAGAAGGUAAGGAAUUCACCAAGAUGUAGAGCCUUCGUUCUGACAUUCCUUAGGAGCUACAGACCACAGUGGAGUGGCCAGUUACCCACCAUGUUCAAGUGUGAGCCAAGACCAGAUAUGCAGAAACUUGGACCAAAUGAGAACUCUGGACAGGAGAGCAGCUCAGUCAUAAACAAUAGCUACAGCCAGAAGGCAGAGGGCUUCGAAGGAGCGUUAAUACCUGCAGUGAUGGCUCUAUACUCCAAGAAGGAAAUGGUUUCAUACCCUCUGGGCCAGCUGAGAAUGCUGGAAUGUGUGUGCUCUGCCCAUGGACUCCGGAGAGCUUCAGGCCAGUAGGGUUUCACUGUUUCCAAGCCAACACCGAAGGCUCAUCCACUGGUGGGUGGGGAAGUCAUUGAUUUUUCUUGAGAUAACUCAAGUGUAUCUGUUCAGUGUCUUUCAGAACCAAAGCCUCAUCUGAUUUUAUUUAUGUUUUGUUCUGUCUUUUGUUUGUUUGUUCUGAGGAGAAAAAGCUUGACUAACUAAAGCAGCAUCUCAGUGUUUUAUUGUUCAGGGGCUUCUGGGGUCAAGCUGGUCACAUCUCCCUAUUGAAUACGUUAAUUCUUCAACAGAUAUUUAAUGAGGACCCAUUGUGUGUCAUGGUGAGCUUUGGGGAGCUUUGGGAGAAGCACGAGCCCUGGCAGUUUCUGAGAUGGCUGUCCUGGAUUCCACAGUUGCCUACAAGCUCUAUAUUAAGAAACCAAUCCCAGACAAAAGUAUUUUAAGGGAACUUGGACCCAGUGUUCAGUAAAGCAGUAAAUUUGUUAUCUUGAGACUGUACUUCCUGUGCCCAAUCCUUGCCUUCUUCCCAAUAAGCAAAUCUUUUUCCCUCCCAUUUAUUGAGUGCCUGCCACAGAACACAGUGCCAAGUGCUUUAUACAGGCUGUCUGAUUUGUUCUUUCCAGAACCACAGCAGCUAAAAAUGAUGAUGCCCAUAUAACAGAUGAGGAAACUGAGGCUCAAGAAAGAUUAUUUUCUUGGGUUUGUCUGAAGCAGGUUGUUUGACACCAAAGCUACUGCUCCCAAGCCCUGUUCUAAGUGAACUUCUGUCUUGUGCUGUAGCCUCUGCGACUGGGUUUAAACAUGCUCCCAGAUCAGAUCUCAUCUGCUUCUCUAUGCCUUCAACCCUAGCCUUUAAAAGUCAAGUCUCAUUUCACCAUCAUGAAUUUCAUGGGAAAAUGUGACAUCCAUAACCAAAAGAACCAGCUGUGUGACUGGAAAACCACUCCUGUUUUCUCUGAGUUGUCUGUUUCUGGAGCAUCACUAAAUUCCUCUAAAUCAGUAGUUCUCAAAAUAUGGUGCCUGCACUAGUAGCAUCAGCAUCACUUAGGACUCAGAAAUGCAAAUUCUCAGGCCCUACUUUGAAUCAGAACUUCUCAGGAUAGGCUCAGGAUUCGUGUUUGAACAAGCUCUCCAAGCGACGCUGAUGCACACUGAAGUUUAAGAGCCAUUCGCCUAGACUAUUGGUGCCAAUAUGCAUCGGUGCUAUAAUGUGGACUUACUGAAGACUGUGGGCUGUACGACGUGCCUUGACAAAAACAGAAAGGGCAGUGAAGAGGUGGGCCACUUCUGUGUUCAGAAAUCUGGAAACAUCGUAAGUGCCAUUGUUCUCUUGGAAAUUCUUGAAGAUACACGAUAUCAGCAUAUUUAGGACCGGCAGUAGUCCUGCAGUAGAAAGCCUUGUUUAACUUGACUUAGCCAGCCCUUCCUAAACUCAUUCUUAAUUUUAAUCAUGGACUUUUUCUUUUGCAAAAUACCUGUUGGUAUCCCAAGGAACUAGCAGUGAAUAACACAUUUUGGGGAGGGUGAGGAUCAACCACCAUGAUCCUCAAGUGUAUAAUGGAUUUUGAACAUGUUCAUCAGAAUGGAAUAUCCAAAAGCCCUAUUGCAAAUUCAGGAACUCUAAGAAAACUUUGUCUUGAAAAUCAUUUUUGGAUUUACACAGACUCUAUUGCACAGCUCCAAGACACACUUCUAUGGGAGUGGAGCCCCCUGCAGUUGUGCAAUGCUGCAGCCUGGACCCGUAGCCAAAUAUCGAACUAAUGAAGGGCUUAAGAACUUAAAUGUUUCCAUCUAUCGGAAAUUAUUUAAAAUCAAGAGGUUCUGGAGAGUCUAAGGAGAAGAUUCCAAGAAAUUUAACUUUUUAAAACUGCGUGGAAAAUAUUUCAGGAUGAACUUUGCCAACUGUAACUAUUCCAAUAAAUGAAAUUACUUUGAAUAAAGUCAUAUUUCUGCUCCCUUCAAGCCUAGCUCAUUUUACAUUUUCAAAGCAUUUCACAAAAGCACUUUGUAUUCAGGUAACAUCUUUCAUCCCAAGUCUCAAGAAUUUACUAGAGGAAUGAUUGACAAGAAAAUUCCCCAAUGUGGAGGUCCCCUUCCUCUAGUGGGAUGGUAAGUUUCUAACAGGAGCAGGAAAUUUGCUGAUGCCCAAGUCACCGGCCAACUAUUGAAGAAAGC